AUGGUCGAAGAUGCUGCGACGGAGGCGCUUUCUAAGAUUGAUACAGGGCUAGUCGUCUAUAAAGCGCUUGGCCCAGAAUGGAGAAGAUCAGGCGUGCCGAGACCGAAGCGACGUUUGGAUUCAGUUGUAUUGAAAGAAGGAAUGACUUCACGAAUCGUCGACGAUAUUGAAGAGUUUGUGGCUUCCAGAAAAUGGUACGAAGAAAGAGGCGUCCCCUAUCGACGUGGUUACCUCUUCUAUGGUCCUCCGGGCACCGGUAAAAGCAGCUUCAUCACUUGCCUAGCAAGCCAUCUCGGGUAUUCGGUUUGUAUCAUGUCGUUGAGCGACCGACUCCUCGAUGAUGACAGGCUAAAUUUACUCCUCAACACACCUCCACAAAAUAGUAUCAUCAUUCUUGAAGACAUUGAUGCGGCGGUGACGAAUCGAGAGGAUCCAAAAAACUCAGAUCCAAUUUACCAAGGAAUGACAAGAGUCACCAUGUCCGGAUUAUUAAACGCGAUCGAUGGUGUCGGAUGUGCAGAGGAAAGACUCCUCUUUAUGACAACAAAUCACGUUGAAAGACUAGACAGUGCUCUGAUCAGACCUGGACGAGUCGAUGUAAAAGAGUAUUUUGGCAAUGCUACGCAAGAGAUGAUGGAGAAUAUGUUUAUACGCUUUUAUGGAGAUAAUUGCUCUGCUGAUGACGCGGUGGAAUUCGCGAGGCAAGCUGCUUCACUUGAAGUCGAGAUUUCUCCAGCCACACUACAGGGCCAUUUCCUCCUUUACAAAAAGGAUCCGCGAUUAGCGAUCAGCCAUAUUCGUGACAACGCAAACACUUUCUGGUGGCUCUACUCCGUGCAACCGUCUAACAAUCGACCGCUUUUCCUUUGGCUCCAGGGAGGACCCGGCUCGUCAUCAUCUGGCUACGGUAAUCUCGAGGAACUCGGCCCAAAAGAUCUCGAUGGGAAAGAUAGAGCGAGUACUUGGCUCCAAGUAGCCGAUUUGGUCUUUGUCGACAAUCCAGUCGGUGCCGGCUUCUCCUAUGUGGAUGACUCGAGCGCUUACACAAAAAAUGUGACACAAAUUGGCCAAGAUCUUCUCGCAUGGGCGAGAGCCUUUUUCACUGUCCAUCCCGAGUACCGAACUCGUCCCUUCUACAUCUUUUGCGAGAGCUACGGUGGAAAGAUGAGUGCCGAGUUUGCGAGAGUCAUCGUGCAGAACAACAACAUCUUGAGGAUUAACUUUAAAGGAGUGGCGCUUGGCGACUCGUGGAUCUCGCCGAUGGACUAUGUGAAUAGUUGGGGACAAUAUUUGUAUGCUAAUUCCUACCUGGACGAUAUCCAGUUGAAACAAGUGAACGCUCAGGCGGCUCAUUGUCAGAAAUUAGUUGACAACCAACAGUGGAGUCAAGCGACAAACUGUUGGGGAGAUAUGGAGGAUCUGAUUGGAACGGUAACCGGUGGAGUCUCAUGGUACAACAUUUUGAAGUACGGAGAUCAAGAUGAUUGGUCAAAGAAGAGAAGAAAGAGGGAAAUCGAUCUGGAUAAGGACAAUCACGUGCUACCUGAGACAAUUCAACGCUUGUACAACCGUCACGUGAAACCGAUGUACGAUGUGGAUCUAAAUGAUUACAUGGACACGGUGGUCAGACAAAAGUUAGGCAUCAUUCCGCCGAAAGUCAAGUUUGGAGGUCAAUCCAAUCAAGUCUUCUCGAUGCAAUACGGUGAUUUCAUGGUGCCUAACUAUGAUACAGUUGAUUGGCUUCUCAAAAAUCAAACGAAUGUCAUCGUUUACAAUGGAAAUCUUGAUCUCAUCUGUGACACGAUUGGCACGGAAAUGUGGGUGAAUCGAUUGACGUGGACGGGCAUGCAAGGAUGGAAUACGUCAACUCGUACGCGUUUCGGCACAAAGAGCUUCCCAUUGGCCGGCUACGUGAAACGCUACGGAAACUUUCAAUUCUGGUGGAUUCUCCGAGCCGGGCACAUGGUGGCUCACGACACCGAGGAGUCAUCAAUCUACAUGCUCUCACAAAUCCUUAAAACAACC